AUCAUAUACUCCUAAAUCUAAAACUUUAAUAAGGAAUGGAAUAUAAUUGAGCAAUAAAUAAAUAUAAGGAAAGAAUGAGUAACAUAAAAUUUCCUUGUUUUUCUGAAUCAAGAAUCAGAAUCCUUGAUUUACAUUCCAUGAUUGUAAUGAGAAGAAUAUUAGAAAAAGUAAUUAAGGGGAAACCCUUUCCCCUUAUAAAAAUGUAGAGAGAAACUCCAUGGCUGUUCUUGUAUUGAAUUGAAUGGAGAGGUAGCCCCGAGGCGGCCGGUGAAGAAAUCAAAGUCGAUGGCUCGAGGAAAAAUGAUUAUGAAAUUUAUAGAGAAUGAGAAGGCUCGAGCUACAACACUUAGGAAGCGAAUGAAAGGAUUGAAAAAGAAGGCGUACGAGUUCUCCGUCCUUUGCGACGUGAAGGUAUGCAUGAUCAUUUUUGAACCCAAGUUGAAGGGCGGCCCUGCCAAGGUUGAAGUUUGGCCCUCAGAUCCUGUUCAGGUUAAGAGCAUCGUCGACAAAUACAAGAUUGAGGUUGCCUCGGAUGCGCAAAAGAAAAUCUCUAGCUUAUAUGAUUUUUUCAACGUACGCAAGAGAGGGGUUCAGAAUGAGGCAGCCCAAGUACGCAAAGCAAAUUUCAAAGCCAAGUUUCAAACAUGGGAUGAUCGUAUCGAAGAUUUCUCCCCUGAACAAAUUGCAUCUUUUCUUACGAAACUUGAUUUGAACCUUGAAGUUGUGAAAAAGAAGAUCACGAUGAUGAAGGGAGAUGACUGGAAUCAUACGCUCUCAGCUAAAUCGAGGAUUGUAGGUGGUUUCAAUACCCAAUCAAGGCCACACCCUUCUGAUGGCAUCCCUGCAUCCUUUCAUCCUAAGAAUCUAAACCAUUCUGAGAAUCACAUUCAAGUUCAUGCCCCUGUAAUGAUUCUAAACCAUCUUGAUCACGUUCAAGCCUUUGCUCGAAAGAACUUGGAUUUUGGAGUUAGCAGGGAGCAGCCUCCUGUCCCUGCAAAACCUCUCAACAUACAACUACCUUCGCAUUCACCUGCCGAUGAGGCUUUGGUUAAGCUUUCCCUCAGCCUGAAUCCCAUCGAAAAUUCGAUGAAUCCUAUUGAUAAAUCGCGAAGGAUGUCGAUGAUGAAUCAUCUUGACUUCAGACUUCAAUCAGGGAUUGCCUCUAGUAGCAGCAAGAUACCGAACAAGGUGCUGUACAAUCCCCCGCCUUCGCUCUCUGUUUGUCAUGAUCCAAGAAUCGCCAUGCCGAGCAAUGUAAUGUUCAAUUCACCCACAAUUCCAGUUCUUCAUCAUGAUCCAAGGACAGCCAUGCAAGACGACGUGAUGUUCAAGGACCCUAGGGCAUUCCAAACUCGCUUCUACGUUCCAUCCAUGCAACCAGAGGCUGUUCACAGUGGGCAACAGCUGAUGAUGCCGCUUAUGUUUCCUCAAAUGCAUCCCUUUCAGUUCACUGAUUUCCACCUUGACAUCAAUGAAUAUGAGAUGCAAAGCAAGAAACAAAGGCUUCAGAUCAUUGGGUAAUUUCAGUGUUUGAUCAUUUCAGAAUUAUACAAAACUUGGGUGUUUUGGAGUUAUUUUAGUCUCCUUUAUUUUGGUUUUUA